AUGUCUACCAACAAGUCUCUCACCUUCAAGAAAAUCCCCCAGGGAUACCCCGUCCCCGGGGAGCACUUGGUCGUCGAGGCUGCCCCCUACGACAACAAUGUUGCUGCUCCCAACAAUGGAGUCGUCUUGCAAUCCCUCUACACUAGUUUUGAUCCCUACAUGCGUGGACGCAUGCGCCCCGCGGAGGUCAAGUCAUACGCUCCCGCAUUCGAUCUCAAUAAGCCCGUUCAGAGCGCCACCAUCGGCAAGAUCGUGCGCUCCAACAACGCCAGUUACAAGGAAGGCGACCUCAUCAUCGGUCAUGUUGCAAUUCAGGAGUACAUUGCCCUCGCCGAGGAACAGCUUGUUUUCAUCCGUAAGCUCGAAAAUCCCCUCGGAAUUGAGGACAUUCGUGUCUUCCUCGGUCCCUUGGGCAUGCCUGGUCUGACCGCAUACUCCUCGUUGUACGAGAUUGGUAAGCCCAAGAAGGGCGAGACCAUCUUUGUCUCUGCUGCCAGCGGCGCUGUCGGCCAACUGGUCGGCCAGCUCGCUAAGCAUGAGGGCCUACGGGUCAUCGGAUCCGUCGGAUCGGAUGAGAAGCUCGAGUUUAUCACCAAGACGCUUGGGUUUGACGGCGGCUUCAACUACAAGACCGAGAAGCCCGCUGAUGCGCUUGCCCGUCUCGCUCCUGAAGGCAUUGAUAUCUACUAUGAGAGCGUUGGCGGCGAGCAACUUGAGGCUGCUCUUGAUGCCAUGAAGGACUUCGGCCGUGUUAUUGUCUGCGGUCUGAUCUCCCAGUACAACACUGCCCCUUACCCCAUCAAGAACAUCCACAAUGUGCUCGUCAAGCGAAUCACUAUGCGCGGCUUCAUCGUCAGUGACAAGGGCAUGGGUGAUGUCUACACCAAGGAGCACCAGGAGCGUGUGCAGAAGUGGAUCAAGGAGGGCUCGUUCAAGGUGCUCAUCCACGAGACGGUUGGCAUCGAUAACGCUGCCGAUGGCCUAGUCGGCAUCUUCUACGGCAAGAACAUGGGCAAGGCUGUCCUGAAGUUCUAA